CCUCGCACAGAAGGUGGGGAGGAGUGGGUGGCUGUUCCAGGAAGGGGAACGAAGCGCGAAAGCGCGAGAUGGAGAUCUGCAAUAAGAGGCUUAUCAGGUAAAAUUACUGAAUAUGAGAGAAAGGGUAUUGUUGGCUCUGAUAAAUCUUUCAGGGUGAGUUCAGAUCACAUUUCAGAAAUUGUUGGGGUUAUUAGGAGUGGCGGAGAUGACUUGGGAUGUAAGUUAAAUUUGAUGGGUAUAAGUACUUCGGUUGAAUCCUUAAGUGGGAUAUUUGGGGGUUUGAAUAGUGAAGGAGUAUCUGGUUUGCGUUUGUUUGCUUGGGCACGUGGUAUGGAUCCUAGUUUGUGUGAUAGUUCUGAUGUUUGUAGUUUAAUUAUUGAUAACUGUGGUUGGUUGGACGAUUAUGGGACAAUGUUUCGCCUGUUGAAGGAGUUCAGCUCGAGACAAAUAUGCCUCAAUGAGAAGGCUUUUGGAUUCCUACUUUUUUUGUGUUCCAAUAAAGCUUCAAUGUUGGAAUCUACAAGAAGAGUGGUAAAUCUUUUAAAUGAAGUUGGGGGUUCCUGUCUUGGUUCUGGCAUUUGCGGAUUGUUGAAGAUGCUUUCUAAGCUGGAUUUAUUUGAUUUGGCUAAGUUUGUGAUGGAAAUAACGGACAGGAGGGUGCCCUACUACAAUAUUUUGAUUCUUGAAAUUUGUCAAAGAUGCUGUUUUGAAGAAGCACACGAUAUGAUUGAAGAAAUGAGACAAUUUGGCUGUGAUCCGGAUUCCAGAACUUACAACUAUCUGCUUAGUUCUUUAUGCAAGCAUGAUAGAACAGCUGAAGUUUUGAAUGUUUUCCGAGAAAUGCAAAACAAGGGUUGCCCUCCUGAUUCUUUAACGUAUGAGAUAGUUAUCUAUUUCUUAUGUAGGCUUGGCAAGCUGGAUAUUGCAGGUCAUUUUUAUGAUAUGAUGGUGUCUAGGGGUCUUGAACCUCGACUUGCAACAUUCACUACCCUCAUCGAGGGUUACUUCAAAUCAGGACAGUAUGAGGACGCAUAUAAUUAUGUUGUUGCUUCAGGUGACAAGUUUUGGCACUCAGGCAAUAGGAUUUACAGCUUUCUUGCGGACCUCUACAGGAGGAAAGGACAUCUCAUGACUGCAGCAAAAAUACUCAUUGAAAUGAUGGAUAAGGGUCUUAUUCCUGAAUUUCCAGUUUAUAUGACAAUUACGAAGCGGGUCUACAAGUGUGGUGGGGGACAAUUAGCAAGUGAUUUAAAGAGAAGGUUCACUAGGUUGAGAUAUAAGGGUGAAGUAUGAUGACAUAAUAGUUUCUUUGAGAUUCUGUGAUAUUUUUGCCCCUUCUUCCUAUGUAUGUAUUUUUGUUCAAUGUUCUGUGUCUAGCCAUGUAAAUUAGAAUUUAGGAGAGGUUCCAACAAAAGAAAGGAGAAUCACUGCUAGAUUUUGAAUUAGCAAUUAAGCUUGUAACAUAUUUUCAGUAGGAAGUUGGUAGAUUUUCACUUUUAUUUUAACCUUUUCUGUGAUUGCUCUUUGGAUCCAUUGAUGUAAUGAAAACCUUUGUUGACUUAAUACGGGAAAAAAGAUAUCAUGGAAAAGACAGUUCUCUCAA